AUGUCAACAUGGAUAAACAAAAAGCUCAUAUCUAUAUCGGAGAAGGUGAUCGAAAAUGUCAUAGAAUCUUUGGCAAAUAAAAACACACACAUUGAUAACAUACAGAAUAUGCAAGGGACCCAACUGGGAAAAAUAAUAAGCAAGGUAAUUUCUUCUAAGUACUUUUUCAAAAAUGACGACAUUUGCUACAACUCCAGGAAUCUGGACUUCAUUUGGAACAUGAAGAGCAUGGCGAAGAGGAGAAAGAAAAGAAUAAGGAAAGAUAAGGUAAAACGGAUCAAGAAAAGGACAUCGAAGGGAAGAAAAAGCAAAAGAGGAAGCAACAGUCGGAGUCUUCCUGGCCAUGGUACACAGGAAGAGGAAGAAGCUGAUUGCAAACAGGACUCAUAUGACAACAUUUACAUAGAUUCAAGAAGCCCUAAUUAUUUGAACAUUGAUGAGUCGUACAUUCGGACUUGUCCUGCCUUGAAUACCAACGAGGCAGGUGAAGGGGAACACCAGGAGAAGGAGACCUCGUUGAAAAAGGACAUAAUAACAUGCAACUCCAGUGUGCAAAGCGUCUUUAGCGAAGCUCCAGAGGGUGUCACGUCAGUAAAAUCAAAUGCUGCAUCGAGUUACGGUCCCUGCGCAGAGUACACAACAGACGGUUCGAGACGUUCCUCAAAGAGGACUUCACAAGGUACAGCAGGUAGCAAUUCUGGGGGGACAUCUCCUCGUAGUUCCCACAAAAGCGCAGGAGACAACUCAGAGGAGGAAUCGAUAAAUCGGUCCACCAACACAUCUGUAUCGAGUGAAGCGAAUGAUUCCUCCUCUCGAGGAUCGUCCAAAAGGAUAAUAACAUCAUCUUCAGAGGUGGCCAAACGGGAAAGCUCCUUCAACUCGAAUCAGUACGCCGAGGCUAGAGAAAACUACAUGAUACAGAAACAGGCACAUCUGUGCAGAGUAAACCUCUUCAUUAAAGAGGCCAAGUUAUUAUUUUUUAACAAAGAUGUGAACAUAAGCGAUAUAUCUAUAUUUGUUACGACCAUUAUGGAGGAAAAGAAGUACGUUGGCAAAUUGAGAAAGCUAAGUUCGAGGACUCUUCCAAUGAAUAAUUUAAUAAUCAACGAAUGUAUUAAACAUAACGUGAAGGAUAUAUACACCGACAUCGUGAUAAAUAUAAAGUAUCGAAAUAAGAAAAAGAAUAACGAAGAAAUAAUCCUGGGGAGGGUGAUCAUUCCCUUUUUUCUUCUUCUAAAUACAUACAGAUAUAAAAUUAAAAACAUCAGGAAUAGGAUAAAAUAUUGCACCAAGUGCUUCCUAUGGCUACACAUCUUUCCAAGUAACAACAAAUUAUUUAACUAUAAAUUUUUUAAGCCAGUGGAAGGGUUCGAAGAAUAUGGAAUGCUCAACCCUCUGUACACAUUAGGGUUUUUAAAUAUAAAAAUGAAAAUAAUUUUUAAAAAGAAUCCCCUUCUUUUGACUCUCUAUAGUAACAUGAGGAAACCUUUAUUUUACUAUAAAUUACCCGUACAAUUUGAACCUCUUUAUUGCCAGUACUAUAGUGAAAACUUCUUCGUCUAUGUUACUCAGCUGCCUAUAUGGAUAUAUAAAUUUUUUUACCUCUUCAACCCUAGGAGGAUUGAAAUUAUUCCUUUAAAUUGUUACGAUUACGUGUUUAUUUUAUCCUUUUGGUUGUUUUUUUUCCGUUUAAUUGUUAUUUCUCCCUUCUUCCUCAUCUUCGUUCAUUUUUUUUUUUGUCUGAUUUUCAUUUCCCUUUCUUACAAGUUCGGCCAUGUCAGCUACAGCAGCAGCAGCAUGGCGUAUAACUUUCGCCCUGUCCAUGUGAAGAAGAGGACGCACCACUGGAAUCGGGGUGAGGCGAAGAGCCCCCAGACGCAUCAAAUGCUACUCCCCGAGAAUAGGCGCAACGUGCGUUUUUUUGACAGCAAGUGCAGGCAGGUACCGAUCUCGGCGAAUGAUAUAGACUCGAAUUAUUGCGGCGGGGGGAGAGGCACAAAUGCGCAGGGAGGAAUAGACACCAAUGCGCAGGGAGGAAUGGACACCAAUGCGCAACAUGGGGAAAAUGGCUGCCCUUUGCGGGGGGGGCAACUGCUCCUCCAAAGUAGACCACUAGAGGAGAGACCCCCGGGCGGAUCAAACAGUUUCGACGUUCCCCAACUGGUAGUGACAAGUGAGGAGUUGAAAAGGAUUCCAAGUGAGCAUAGACAUGGUGGGGAACACAGCAAAAGUGGUACGUCCCAGAAGAAUGACGAAUUCUAUGGAGAAGCAAGCAGGAGAAUGAACAACCAGAACGAAUUCAGUAGUAAUGGAAGCUUCUAUGGAGGGAGUCUUAACAGCCCUGAGAAGUGUCCCCCCAAGGACGGAGCAUAUCAUGUGGCUCAUUUCAAAAUUGAAGAAAAUUGUUUUGUAAAGCAACCCAACUUGGAUCACGAAGAUGAAGAGUCGAAUGGGAAAAUGAAGGAUGGAGAACAGGAACGCCCAGAAGAGAAAAAAAAAAAAAGCCUAAUCCACUUUAUGCAAAAUACACCCGAUGAGAUAAACAAUAAAUUAACCAACGUGACAAAAUUUGCAAAGAAAAUUCAGAAUAUGAUGUUCGACAGUAGUGAUAAAAAUCCGCUGGAUUUUUUCAACAUGGGUUCACAUGCAAAUGGGCUAGCUGGGCUGUUUAACGGGAUGAAUGAGAAGCGGAGGAAAGCGGAAGGGGAAACACCCAAGGGGGAAGACCAAACUGAUAAAGUGGGAGAUUUGCACCAUUGGGGAGAUAGUCAAAUAAAGGGAAGCCAAGGGAGGAACCCUCAAGUGGAUAAUUCAAUUAGGGGGAGAAACCACCCAGGAGGGAGCAAUCAACCAAGUGAUAGCGAACAUAAGCAGUUGAAUACAUCGAAGCAGGGAAAGGAAAGUGCCCAGAGGACAUAUCGCGCAGAGCAAAACGGGAUGGAACGGAGUAUCCAAAGAGAGGUGCACACUGAUCACUCAGCGGCAGAUUCUUCAUCGUGUCAUAAUGGGAAGGAUGAAUAUUUAGCGCAAUAUAAAACGGAAGUAAGUGUAGACGGAGUUGCUAACUCGAACGCAUUGGAAGCUGCCAAACUGGUAAACCGUAGUCACAUGACCAGAGGCAGCGAUGCCAUCCCGUCGUCUGAUCAUAUGGGGGUGGUGGAGGAGAGCCCCUUUUCCAACUCAAACACGUCGCUAGAAUCCAAAUUUUUAAGAAAAAAUUUCCUGUUUGACGCGAUAAAGAAUAACUUAGCAUCCCCAAAUGGAAAGGAAGCCGCUGAGUUGGCCAUGAAGAAUGAUGCCAGUGUGACGAACGAGAAGAAAGACAUGUUUGCGUUUAAAAAGAAAUAUGCGUUUACGCCAAUCGUGAAGUCUCCCUUCCAUAACUUCUAUUUGUUCUUUAAUUCGAUUGACGGUAAGAAGACGUCGAUCUUUUCAAACAACGUGGAUGUCCCAAAUGUCCAUUUGCUUCUCAAACGAUUCAUAAUGCUUAUAACAUUGACUCAGAAUUUUACGGGAGCCUUUACCAUGGUUUACGAAAAAGUUAACUAUGCUUUCAAUUGGGACUUCACAUGUUACACGUUUGUAAAUUUGGUGAUUUUGUUUUUUUUAAGUUACGGCUUUUCUUUCAUUUUUUAUGCCAUGUCGUUUGUCCCCCUUCUGUUUUAUCGCCUUCUUCUAUUUUUGCUCAUCUCUGUGUUGCUGAUAAGGAGCUACGAGUUGACGGAGGUCGGACACAGGGCUAGUCUCUACUACGAGAGGGUGCGCAAGAAGAAAGUCCCCUGGUGGAGGUAUGCUUGGAGAUUGCUCAGCAGGAUGGGAACUCGAGUAGUGAAGGCCAAGAGGAAGAGGAAUGCACAAGAAGAGAUCGAGCACGACCAUGAAGUGCCAGCACGGAGACACGAUCAAGCCGCCAUCCCCCAUUUUGUCAGACGUCUCUUCAGAUCGGUGUACAGAGCAGUCCGCCGAUCGGUGCGUCGAUUUGUGAGACACACCAUUUGCAGAUUCUUCCAGGUCACUUUCAAACAGGUGGACAAGAUGCUACGCAGAGGGGUUGUCUAUAUUUACUUUUUAAUCUUUUUUUUAAAGAAUUGGGUAACAAGAUUGCUGAUACUAAAAGAUAUUGAACACAUGAAAAUAGCCAAGAUGCAGGGAUUUAAGAAUUUAUUCUUUUUUAUUCACAAUCGAAUGAUGCGGAGAGACGCGGGAAUGAAACUGUUCCUGAGAAGCAACGAAAGCUAUCCCAGCAGUGGCCACAGCAGGGCUGGUGACCCCGUCGGGGGAACUCCUAAACGUGUGGAUAACAUGAAAGAUGGCUCCAUUGAUGAAAAGCAUAAUAAAAAUUUCAUUCACACGCAUAUGUAUGAUAACUACAAGAAUGCGGACUCGUGUAUAUACUCCUCCAGUGAUAAAGACGCUUCGAGCGUGAGAAAUGGUGGCUACGGCGCCGACCACUUUGCUCGUGACGGCAGCGACGACGACCGGAAAUCUCUCAGCCAGCUAACCGACAACGGAACGAUGAACGUGAACGUGGACAUAUUCCUGCACUACUAUUUCAAGCGGAGGAAAUAUGACCUUUUCAACAACAUCAUAAAUAUCAACAGGAACCAUAUAUACUCCUACAAGGAUAUAAAUCUGCUUCAGUCAAAUGACGACCAAAAUAUCAGCCCCCUCAAUUACGCGGAAUAUCUCAACAUUGAGCAUAACUACUCCAGUUCGUAUGACAAUAACAAGAAGAGGAGUUGA